AGGCAACGAGCCGCCGCACCACUCACCAGUACCCGAGCGUAACGCGCGAGAAGCGGCGCCGCCUCGUGCGGGAGCGGGGACUCAGAUAGCCAUCGCGAUGAGGUCCGCCGCGUGGCACGCCCUGCUCCCGUCACUAGUGCCUGCCAACCCCGGCAUCUUCUUCCUCCGCAGCCAGCCCGGGCGGUUCUUGUCACACGCUCACGGCUUGCGGCCGUGUCGCGCUGCGAGCUCUCUGCCCCCCGGGGAGUAUCUUCCUCCCUUGUUUAGCGUGGCGCCGAUGAUGGACUGGACAGACAAUCACUACAGGACGCUCGCGCGGCUGAUAUCGAGGCACGCCUGGUUAUAUACAGAGAUGGUGGUCGCCGAGACUAUUGUGCAUCAGAAAGAUAAGUUGGAUAGAUUUUUAGCAUUUCCUGCUGAACAGCACCCUAUUGUGUUACAACUUGGUGGAAGUAAUCUUGACAAUUUGGCAAAGGCAACUGAAUUAGCAAGUGGUUAUUCAUAUGAUGAGAUCAACCUGAAUUGUGGUUGCCCCAGCGGCAAAGUUGCUGGCCAUGGUUGCUUCGGUGCUCGCUUAAUGUAUGAUCCAGAGGGGAUGCUAUGUCAGCUAUUGCUGCCAAUUGUGAUGUCCCUGUCAGUGUUAAAUGCAGAAUUGGAGUUGACGAUCGUGACUCCUACGAAGAACUUUGUGAGAUUACUUCAAAGUACAUUUGUAGAUAAGGUUGUUUCUAAGUCACCAACUAGGCAUUUUAUCAUUCAUGCUCGGAAAGCGUUGCUCAGUGGCCUCAGUCCUGCGGAGAAUCGGACGGUUCCUCCUUUAAAAUAUGAGUACUAUUAUGCUUUGUUGCGGGACUUCCCAGAGGUUAGUGCAUCCAUAAGGCAAGGCGCCCAUCGAGUUAUGGUUGGUCGUGCUGCUUACAAUAAUCCAUGGAAUAUGCUAGGGCACGUGGAUAGUGAAAUUUAUGGCAUGGCAACAUCUUGCUCUUCGCGUCGCCAGAUCCUUGAGAGCUACCAAGUUUAUGGUGAUUCUAUAAUUGGACAGUAUGGCAUCAGCAGGCCAAACGUGAGGCAACUUGUUAAGCCAUUGUUACAUUUGUUCCACUCAGAGCCUGGUAAUAGUUUGUGGAAACGUAGGGCUGAUUCUACGUUGCGCCAUUGCAAGACACUUGCACAGUUCUUGGAGGAAACUCUUGACGCCAUUCCUGACUCUGUCCUUGACGCACCUGUAUUGAGGGAGCCAUCCAGGGAACAAGACUACUUCGCCCAUGUGGAUUCCUUAUUGCCGCCAAGAUACGCAACACUGGCCAAUGGCAGCUAUGAAAGCCCAGCACUUGUAACUGCAUCCAGUUGAGCUUCCAGAGAAAAAGCUACUCCCUCUCAUCCAUAUUAAUUGGCGCCGCGCUCUAGUAUAACUUUGUAGUUUUUCCCAACUGCAAUUAUUUAGGUAUAGAGGGAGUAAUAUGGAUUGGAGCGGGUAAAAGAUAGGGAAAGCUGCAUGCUGCCUUCAGUCAUGUCGUCGAUACUUUCUUCUUCUGGGAUAACAAGCUACACAUUACAUUACUUAGGAAGAGGAUUACAAUAGUCUCGGCAAAUACAUUACGGAACUUAUAAAUCCCGAACUUGCCACGUUUUUGUCUAAGGGUUGCAGCCGUAUUUUAUUAGAAAGGAACAGAGCUCUUGUAA